CCCGCCACGUGCAGCCGCCCGACCCUCCCAUCUCUGGCCAUGGGUUCGUGUGGGGCCGCGGGCUCCGUGCGUGCGCGAUACCUCGUGUUCUUCCAGUACUUGGGCACCGAUUUCAACGGGGUUGUGGCCAUCAGGGGAAGCCAACGCGCCGUGGGAGUGCAGAACUUUCUGGAGGAGGCCGCCAAGCGGCUGAAUUCUGUUGAGCCAGUCAGGUUCACUAUCUCCAGCCGCACGGACGCCGGCGUUCACGCCCUGAGCAAUGCUGCGCAUUUGGACGUCCUGCGCCGCUCAGGUCAGCCGCCUUUCUCCCCUGAAGUCUUGACCCAGGCGCUCAACACCCACCUGAGGCACCCGGCCAUCAGGGUAUUGAAGGCCUUCCGAGUGUCCAGUGACUUCCAUGCUCGCCAUGCAGCUACCUCCAGAACCUAUCUGUACCGUCUGGCCACAGGUUGUACUUGGCCUCAGCUACCUGUGUUUGAAAGAAACAUAUGCUGGGCUCUGCAGACAGACUGUUUGGAUGUGGCUGCCAUGGAGGAGGCCGCCCAGCACCUCCUUGGGACACACGACUUCAGCGCCUUUCAGUCUGCGGGCAGUCCAGCGAAAAGCUCAGUGCGCACACUGCGCAGAAUCUCUGUGUCCCCUGGCCCAACCAGCCCUUUUGUUCUCCCUCAUGAGAACAGGAGGCUGCAAUUCUGGACCUUGGAGUUUGAGAGCCAGUCUUUUCUAUACCGACAGGUCCGGAGGAUGACAGCUAUGCUGGUGGCUGUAGGGCAAGGAAUCCUCACACCUACCCAUGUGAAAGAGAUUCUGGAGAGUCGAGAUCCCUUAGGCAAGCACCAGACUCGAAUUGCCCCAGCCCAUGGCCUAUUCCUUAAGUCAGUGCUAUAUGGAGACCUUGAAGACUUUGGUAAGGUCCUAUCUUCAGCACCCCACAGGGUUCCACAGUAUGGAAACCUCAGGUGAAUCCAUCCUGAGCAGGGACUGAUCCACGCUGGCCAAGCUACUAUAUUCAUAACAACUUGGGAGCUGCAGCAGCCCUGCCUGGCCUCCUAUUUCCCUUUGGGUAACCCUCCCUCACCUAUCCAGUCCUGCCACUCAGGACACCUCUGGCUCUGAGGGAGCUGGUAUGGUGAUGGCCAUGGGCACUCAAGUAGCUUCUGCAGGUUCUGCUUUUCUGGGUGCACCACCCCCAUAUUCCUGGGGCUGGGGAGUAGGAAUAAAAGGCAUAAAGA